CCCUCCGCUUCAUUCCCCCGUGGCCUGGUUCCAAUAAUCUGCCUGUCAAAACCGCCAAUCACCGAUGUCGACAUGACCCCCGCGGUUGGUUCUGCCUCAACCCUUGUCCACUUUCCUUCUCGCUGCUACAACCAGUCUGAAGAAGGGUCUCGACCCGAAAGGUCGCUCACCCUUGUUCUCCAGAGAUGCUGCCUGACUCGCUGAGUUACUCCAGCACUUUGUGUCCAUCUGAAGGGGGGUUGUGCAAGACAAAUCUCAGCAUCAAAGCGAGCUCUCACGGCGCCACGGUGGCGAGCUCUCACGGUCCCACAGGGUGGAAGAAUGCCAGUGAGAAGCAGGGCGUCGUUGCUGGCGCUCCUGCUGGGCGCCGCGCUCUUCUCCUCUGCGGGGAAUCGCGGCUCAGAAGCGGCCAAGAUCCUGGCCGUGCCCGCCGACUGGAGCCACUGGAUCAUCAUGAAGACCCUGCUCCUGGAACUGGUGGCGAGCGGGCACCAGGUGACGGUGCUGAGGAGCAACGACUCGCGGGGGUUGGAAACAACAUCCGAGGAUUUCACGCUGGAAACUAUCCUGGUGCCGGCAGCUCAGGCGUACAGAGCGCGGAACGCGAGCGAAAUCCGUGACAUUGUCUUCAACUCGCUCUACGUGGAAGACGGCUUCCUCUCCAGCCUCGCCGCCGCCCGCAGCAUGUAUGCCUCACUCCUCUUUAACAAUGAGAUGACCAUCCCGGCCAUCCGCGCGUUGUUUGACGACCGCGCACUGUUGCAGCGACUGAAGGGAGCAGGGUUUGACCUGACUUUAGCCGACCCUUACCAUGCGGCCGGGGCCAUGUUGGCACAGGUACUGGGCACGCCGCUGGUGUUCUUUGGCAGGUGGAUGAUCACCGGGGAUCUCCACUUUAACUUGGCUCCGUCGCCACUUUCCUUCGUGCCCGUGGUAAAUUCCCGCUUGUCGGACAGGAUGUCGGUGUGGGAGAGGAUGAAGAACGUGUUGAUCUAUGGGAUGUCCAGAUUCACAAGUUACUUCUACAUUUACCCCGCCUAUAACGAGCUGUGUCGGCGUUACCUGGACAGCGACAUCACGGUGGAAGAGCUUUAUGCCAAGGCUGACAUGGUCCUGAUGAAGGUUGACUUUGCCUUUGAUUAUCCCCGGCCCACCAUGCCAAACCUGGUUUACAUCGGGGGUGUUCAGUGUAGCGCGGGCCGCCCGCUCUCUGCUGAACUGCAGCGGUUCAUGGACGGUUCUGGGGACCAAGGGGUCGUGAUCUUCUCCUUGGGAAGUGUGGUGAGCAUCUACCCACCAGAACUGGCGACUGAAUUGGCGGCGGGACUGGCCCGCCUGCCCCAGAGAGUGGUCUGGCGCUUGGUUGGAGACGCGCCAUCCACCUUAGGGAAUAACACCAAGGUGAUGAGUUGGCUUCCUCAAAACGAUCUGCUGAGUCACCCGAAGACCAGAGCCUUCAUCACCCACGGUGGGGAGAACGGGCUCUAUGAGGCCAUUUAUCACGGCGUCCCUCUGGUCGGCAUCCCAGUUUUAUUUGAUCAGUACGACAACCUUCUGCGCCUCAAAACGCGAGGGGCGGCGAUCAUGCUGGACUUGGCUCAUUUAACAAGCGAUGUGAUCUUCCAGGCGGUGAAGACUGUCAUCGAGACCCCUUCCUACGGGGAGAACAUGAAGCGAAUAUCCACCUUGCACCGGGAUGUCCCGCUGGAACCCAAAGAGCUGGCGGUCUUCUGGAUUGAAUACACCAUUAGGCACCGAGGCGCCGCUCAUUUGGGAGCCGCGGGCACUGAGUUGCCCUUCUAUCAGUACUACCUGCUGGAUGUCAUCGCCAUCCUCGUUGCUGUGUCGACGCUUGCCCUUUAUCUGGCGUGUAAAUUGCUGAUAUUUCUACUUGUCAAAAUGCAUUCAGUUGGAAGAAGGACAAGGACUAAAUUGAAGAAAGUAGAUUGAUUGUCAGUGCCAGUCGGUCUAUUGAUCAUUCGGACACUCUCGCACCUCCUCACACCCAUCUCUUGACCAUCACCCUCUGUUUAGAAGAAGCGGCCUGAAGAAAGGUCCCGACCCGUAACGUUACCCCAUCCAUGUUCCAAAUGCCUGUUCCAGCACGUUGUGUUUUUUUUUAUCUGCAGUUCUUUGUGUCUGCAGUCUGAAGAAGGGCCCCCGACACGAAACAUCAUCUAUCCUCGUUCAUCAAAGAUGCUGCUUGACCCGCGGAGUAACUUCAGCUUUCAAGAUUUCAGCUUCUGCAGUUCUUUGUGUCUGCGUUUUAUGCCCCAUUGCCGAAUCUCCUCAAGGUAUGCCUACUUUGAAGAAGGGGCUGAAGAAAGGUCUCGAUCC